GCUGACGUACUUGGUAGCGUCUACCUACGUCUAGCCGCUUAAAGGGGAGUUGAGACUGGAGGUUGUACCUCCGCGUAUCAACGUUGCCGUCGUCAAUGGCAAGCCAGUGUUCCGAAGAAGGUCGCAGCGCUUAUACUCGCGGCGGAUUUCACCCUGUCCACCUAGGGGGCGUAUAUAUUGGAAGGUAUGAAGUCUUAAGGAUGUUAGGCUUCGGUCAGUAUUCUACAGCGUGACUAGUAAAGGACCUAAGAUCCUCAAAUGUCUAACCAAUUCCAAUUCCCAGCAUCCAGGGUAUCGAGAUGCUCUAAACUUGGUUGAUUCGUUCGAACGCAUUGGUCCUAACCGCUGCCAUACAUAUCUGGUGCUCGAGCCGAUGGGUAAAUAAAGUCUUGCAAGUUUCGGCGCGUUGUUUCCUAGGUGUCAAAUACCUGCGCCCAUUAUGCAACGUUUCACUAAGCAACUCCUUGGUCUGGAUUAUGCUCAUCAAUCAGGUAUCAUUCAUACGGAUAUACAUCCUCGGAAUAUUAUGGUCCGGAUCGGUGACUUUUCGAUCAUUGAUGACUACCUAGCGAAAACAUCUGUAGAUAUUGCUACAAUUAACUCUGCAUCCGAGCCCCCAAGAAUUGAAUCUCAACCGUCAAGGGACUUUUACAUCCAAGAGCUAGUGUAGUAUUGGUGGACAGGGAUUGGGACGUUUCAUGGAACGAGUCAUGCAUGGAUCAAGUCAUGGAACAAACGGAUCACUGCCAAUUGUAGUCAGUGACAGCUAGCGGUCAUGUGAUGAUACCCAACAGGGCAGCAUGGGCCGCUCGUGGCGCUGAUUGGACCACACUCGAUCGCCCCCAAGGCUCAGCCUUCCACCAUCGAGUACCAAGAGGUCAUCCAUCCACAUUUCUUCCUCUCCACCCAGCAGAUGAUCG